AUGUCCCCCACUACUACGGAAGAUUCUACGUCUAGCAACCACGGUUACGCCAAGACAUCGCUGAAUACCGUCAACCGUUAUCGAGGCCGUGGUCAAUAUGAAUACCAACACGUCUACCCUAUCAUUGACGAGGCACCCAUCCUCCACGUUGCCUUCCACGGCUCUCCAGACCAGGAUGACUUUGCCUUCCCUGUCAUACUGCCUAUGCUCGGCUGCACCGGCAACUUCGAGGAAGAUCCAAACAACGACGGCCGCCGUUCCAUUUACCUUCAUGGCUACGUCUCAUCACGCAUAAUGCGGCUCUCCCGAAAGAACCCUGCCUCAAACAACAUUGCUGGUGCCGAGGGCAUCCCAGUCUGUGUUUCCGCCACCUUGAUGGACGGCAUCGUUCUGGCACUCACCCCUAACCACCACAGCUGCAACUACCGAUCUGCCGUCGCGUUUGGAUACGCACAAGUCGUCGAGGACGAGCCCGAGCGUCUUUAUGCCAUGGAGCUCAUUACCAACAACCUGGUUCCAGAGCGCUGGCAGCAUACGCGCUAUCCAAACAAGACGGAGCUCAAGAGCACUGGGAUCUUGCGCAUUGAUAUACAUUCAGCGAGUGCCAAGGUCCGUGCUGGCACGACUGGAGAGGCGAGGGAGGAUCUCAAGGAUGAGACGAUGCGAACGAAGGUUUGGGCUGGCGUGGUGCCGAGCAGGAUGGUCUACGGAACGCCGUUACCAGCGCCGACCAACAUGUUUCCCGGCAUGCCGGAGUAUAUUGAGGACUGGGUGGAAGAGUGGAAUGAAAAAGCUGAGAGGUAUUCUGCAGAGGCGGCCGGGCUGUGA